AUGACGUCAACAAUGCUCUCCCGACCUGCAGCAAACAUUACGCCGCCAGAGAUUCUGCUGCAAAUCUUUUAUUUGCUUAAUCCGCGAGAUUUCGACAAUGCUCGGCGAACGUGUUCUCAAUGGAUGCGUGCCAGUCUCGAUAAGAACUUGCUGGAGAGCAUGCUGAAGCGGGCAGGAUGGUGGGACGCCUGGAAACAGGACUGCCACAAUUACCGCGUUGAUCCUUCCGCAAGCGAGCAGAGUCUGGUGUGGAGAAUGAGCAGGAGAUUUGCGACUGAAUGUAUCUUGUCUGGUCGCAAGUCUAAUGUGGAAAGAGCUGGCUUUUUAACAACGGGGGUCGUUGAUUUCUCUCGACUAUCUCAGGGACAGUCUCUCGUGAAACACCGGGUUUCUGCACCCCAUGCAGUUGCUGGCAGUGUCAUGAACCCUGAUUCGAGGCCUCUGGCCACGUCGAGAUUCCAUGUCAGCAAGUGUGCCAACUAUCUUCUCGUUACCUCCGGCCGCAUGAUAUACGUGUAUCAUCUACUCUCGCGGAAAUCUGGAAGCGAUGUGUCUACAACAAUGGACGUUUUGACAGAUUUGGAUAUUGCUCCAGUUACCAGCAUCAUCUGUCCUGUCGAGGUAAUAUCAGCUAGUAUCGACACCAGUACUCCGAAAAUUGUGAUUGCGGCAUUGCUACGUGACCGUUUGGGAUUUGUUUGUGACUUGAAUGCAUCAAAUGAACGUUCCUCUGCGCAACCAGAAGCCAUGCAAUCCUUGGAUCCAUCAUUUAUCCACUAUUUCCGCGAUGUCUGCUCCCCAGAAGAUCCUCCCCGGAGCGUCUCGAUCUGUCCGGGCCGUGGAUGCGUUGCUUUUGGCUCCGGUACUGGCAUUGAGCUGCAUUGGGUUGACGAGAAGACAAAAGAGAACCGGAGAAAGCGGUUUCCCAUGUCGCAACCAUCGGAGAUACUACACUUCCUUCCCCAACGGCCGGAAACAUCCAUGGAAAUGCGGCUCAUCUCAUCACUGGCUGGACCAGGGAUGCCAGGCUGCGAGUGCCACAAAGUGUCGUACGGGGAAAGGCGUGCCUCUUGCCAAUUUCACCUUCUGACUGACGUACAAUCCCUUACUCGAUGGACUCCUUCAAACAACGACAGUCUGAGUGUUGUGAGGGCAACCCAUUGUCACCAUUAUCGAGCUAUCCCAAUCAACGAUGGAUUGCAUAUCCUGUUCAUUGAGCCCCGCACAGGUCUACUUUGUAUCGGCUCUGACGCGCCUAUCGGUGGACCGACAAGCUUAACACAGGCACUUGUCUGUGUGCCACCGUUUGAGAAGGAUUGCCUUAAUGUUUCUAAGGAUGAUCUGGCUCCUACAGUCUUUGCUUCAGGAUGGAACCUGGACUGGGGAUUGCGCGUGGUCGCUGCGUAUGGCGAUCGGAUCGUACUAUACUCGGUACCUAUGGAUGUGUACAAUGUCAUCCGGAAAGAGCGUGAGAGACAAGGAGACGGUGUCAUGGGAGACAGUGAUCUAGCAAGGGACUUUUUCCUCGACAAUUCGCGGUCAGCAAAGCGACGGGACAGUCUUGUGCAAGACCAGAGCGGCGACUGGGAGUUCCUUCUCAGUGUCAGCUGGCGACCAACAGUGAUGAUGUGGCCGUUCAAGAUCUAUGGCAAGGAGAUUGCACGUAUAGAAAAUGUGGUCGAACUGGCUCUUCAGUCUGCCUCUGGAGGUGCGCGAGUCUGGGCCUUUGGUGCUAACGGUGAAACAAACAUCAUCGAUAUCGACACCUUUAGCUCAAGCAAUCAGCAGAGUUCUAGCAUUCCUUGCAAGUCAUUAACCGUUGAUGCUGAUGGCAAUAUCGCCUCGGCUCAAUGGGUGGACAGAACGGACUCCGGGUUGUUGACUUCAGAAUCCUCGAGCAAGCGCAAAUCAUCUGAUUCCCGGGAGGACUUUGGUGGUCAGCAGUCUGCCAUUUGUCGGUUACCGCGGUUCUUACAUGAGGGAUACGUGCCUACGAACAAUAUUCUACCCCCAGCGCUUCCCGGCGCUGCUGCACGCCGCCCAUCCUUUGCCGCGUGCAUCGUGGAUUUCAAGAUCCCCGAGCCGGGCCAGCGCGAGGUGGACGGUGCUUGUGCUUGA